AUGCCGCUGCUUGAAGUGCGUCGUGCGAUUUACACGUACAAGGCAUCGGACAGCGACGAAUUAUCGUUGAACGAAGGAGAUGUGCUAUACAUUCUCAACUCCGACGACCCCGACUGGCUGCAGGCCAAGCGGAAACCAAGCGAUUCCGACAAUGGGCCGGAGCAGAAAGGAGUGGUACCAGCCAACCACACCGAAUUGAUUGAGCCCGUGGCCCAGGCGAGGGCCCUUUACGACUACGAGGCAGCGCAGGACGAGGAGACGACGCUCGAGGAGGAUGAGCUUGUGCAGAUUAUUGAGCAGGACGACCCCGACUGGUACAUGGCGCGGACGAAGGGUGGGUAUGGUUUUAUUCCUAAGGCAUAUGUGGAGCUUGUGGCUGAAUCUGAUGAUAUGCGCGGCCAUUCGCCUGACCCAGAGCCAGCUGCCCUGGCGAUUGCUGCUCCCAUUGCCACAAGGCAACCCCUCCCUCUGCCGCCGCCACCCCCGCCAAUGCCACAGCAGCAGCAGCAGCCAGCAGCGACACCAUUCCAGGCGCCCACACCAAUCCCUCCGCCUCCUCCAUUUCAGACACAAGCACCCAGAAAUAGCAACACCAACACCAACAGCAGCACGGUCUCGCACUUUAGCGUGACAGAGGGCAAGAAGAAGAAGGGCACAAAAGUGAUGCUUAGCGUUAGCAAUCCGACACUGACAAUAUCCAGCUCGAACGAUAUGGUCCCCCCCAAGCGCCACGCAACAAUGCACAUCUCGAAAUGUGCUGCCAAGAAGGCCGUUUUGGGAGUGGAAAUCGGCGGAUAUGAGCCCGCUGCCUAUGACUUCACCUGCGCGUCCGCAACUGAGGCCGAGCGCAUCGCUGACGCCAUCAACGCUGCCCGCCGGGGGAUAUUUGUUGGAGACUCUGUGGCGUCCCCGUCCGACGAGGCUCCACCUCUGCCUCCCAAGGACACCACCGUGGCCCCAAAGGCUCAGCAGCAGUCUAUGCCCUCCCUGUCGCAUGCUGAGGACGCGCAGGAGCAUGCGCUGGUGCUGUAUGAGUUUGCCAGCGACGAUCCUGAGGAGCUGACUGUGGACGAGGGCGCGCGUGUCCUGGUGCUGGACAGGUCGGACCCCGAGUGGUGGCAGGUACAAGUGGCUCCGCCGCAUGGCCGUGCGGGUCUUGUCCCUGCCGCAUACCUCGAGCUGCAGUCGGCCGAAACGGAAUCUAGGGCGUCCUCUUUCCGCGAGCGGAACGACGCGCCGCAGUUGCCGACACUCCCCGAGCGCACCGACACCGUUCGUCUCGCCGCCUCGCAGGCACAUAUGGCGGCGCCCAGGACGCCCGAGCCGUUGAGCAUUGUCAUCGACUGCAACGCGCAGUCCACGGUCAGCCGCACGAAGACGGCAGAUUCGGACAACAUGCCGCUGCAGAUGCUCCAGAACCGCCAGCAUAUUAACCCGCCGAUGCCCAGCCUGUCCUCGGAGCCCGGCCCCGACCCGAACAAGGUGCGCACGUGGACGGACGGCUCGGGCGCUUACACUGUGGAUGCGCAGUUUUUGGACCUGGACGCUAGCGGCAACGUGCAUCUGCACAAGACCAACGGCAAGACCAUAGUUGUGCCCAUGGCCAAGUUCUCACCGGCCGACCGCACAUAUGUAGACGAUCUCCUUGGCAAGGCUCCGCAAAUGCCGACCAAGUCGCUCACUGCGCGGCAGCGCCAACAGGAGAGUGCGCGCAAGGACCCCGCUGGAAAGCGGAUGGUUAAUUACGAUUGGGAUUGGUUUGACUUUUUCACGCUCAAGGCCGGAAUCAGCGCUGAUAACGCACUCAAGUAUGCGACGUCGUUUGUGGCUGAACGCCUGGACGACCAGUCCAUUGCAGAGAUUAAGUCGGAUACGUUGCGGUCACUAGGUGUGAAGCCCGCCGACAUUAUGCGCAUGGACCGCGCCUUCCGCAUUCAUCGGGGCCUGCCCGUCUCUGCCAUCGACCCCAUGUCCGACGAGGCCGCCCUGGCCAAUGCCGCCGCAUCUCCGGCGCCGGCUGCAUCCCUGGUGCCUGUAUUCCAGCAACAGCCGUACCGGCACCAGGUGCCGCAGAAGGAGGAGAUUGCGCGCAGCCCCGCUUCCCGCGCACUAUCGCCACCGGGGUCGCAGCAGUUGGCAUCGCGGCGUGUAACUAGCAACCCUUGGGGCAUCGACUCUGAGCUUGACCGGCGUUUUGACCGCAAGCGCCAAAUUGAGAACGACGAAGCUCUUGCGCGCAAACUCCAGGAAGAGGAGAAGCAGCGCACCAGCGCGCCUGGCGGUGGUCGUAAGCCAUCCAAUCCCCAACGGCCGCAGCAGCACGAUCCCUUUACCAACCUUAAUGCGUCUGGUCGCUCGACCGUUGAUCAGCGGAAUGCUACACCCAGGCAGGCGCUGAACCUAGGUUCUGGCACUCGCAAGCUCAACAAGAGCCAGACAUCUGUUGUAGACCCCGCUCAGCUGCGCUCCGCACAACACCGCUUGGCCAGUCCGCCCCCUGCCCUGCAGUCUGCUGCCAUUUCAAAGGCGACGACAACCACGGCUUUUGACGAGGCUUUUGGAUCCACAAUUUCUCCGCAGCCGCAGCCAGAGCAGCAUAUUCCACCAAGGGCCCGCCCCACUGCCCGCCAGCAGCAACAACAGCCUGCUACCAUAAAUAUGCCCUUACAGGCUCAGGCACCGAGCCUGGCUUCUGCACUCUCCAAUCUCGACGAAUUAACGACCAACCGGAUGGCCGCUGCCACAGCUAGCGGAAACACAGCGCAGAUCAACCGACUUGAACAAAUGGCUGCAGCCAAAGCCCAAGAACUGGCAGCUCAGGAAGCCCACAUUCGGCAACAACAGGAGGAGAUUCGCAAGCAAGCCAUGUUCCUCCAACAACAGCAACACCAGUUGCUCCAGUUGCAGCAGACACAAAAGGUCGAAUCUCAGUUGAAGCAGCUAAAAGAGGAAAAAGACAAGUUGGAGCAACAGAGAAAGGCCGAGGAGAUGAAGAUGCAGGUGGAGCAGUUGAAGUCGCAGCAGGAGCAUUUGCUGAAGAUGCAGCAGAUGGCAUCGCAAGCCAAAGAGAAUGCCCAGGUGCAGCAGCAACAACAACAGCAAUUGCAGCAGCAACAGCAACAGCAGCUUCAGUUGGCAGCGGCGGCUAGGAUGUUGACUCCUGUAAGCGCUGUGACGCCAGUUCAGCAGCAGCAAAUUCAGCAGCAGCCGUUGCAGCAGCAGACUGUGUCGUUGGCGAGUAGACUGCCACCGCCGCUGGUGCCAUCCAAGAUGAACAGGCCUAUGACCUCACCGUCCAAUCACACACUGUUCAGCAACCAGCAGCAAAUUCAGCAGCAACAACAACUGCAGCAGCAACAACUUCAACAGCAGCAGCAGGCGCUUAUGCAGCGCCAGCAGUUUGGUGGCAUAAACCCAACCUCCCCAGCCGGCAUGUUCUCAGCUUCACAGGUGAUUACCAACAUGCCUGCCGCCAGCUCCUCGACCACCGGAUUGGUUGCGCCCACGGGCCUGGGCAAUAUCUUCACCAACCAAACCGGCGCAGGCUCUACACCCAACCUCGGGACCUUUAAUAAACCACCCAUGCUGGGCGCCAACUCGCUUUCUGGAUACGCCAAUACCGCGGCCACCCACAGCGUGAGCAGCUUUGGCACCAACAUGCAAAGUGGAGGUGCUGGCAACCAGACUUCUCAUUUUUUGCAACAGCGGAUGCUUCAGGCACCUGGUGCUGGCACUGGUACAUUGACCAUGGGGACGCAGAUGAACCAGCAGCCUGGCCAGGUCGGAUCGAAAUACGAUCUUUUCAAAACCAUCAAUCCGAAUGCUCCCGGCGUAUUCAACUCCAAUACAUUGCAGCAGCCAGUUGGGCUUCAGAAUUCGCAGUUUUUGUCUUCGUCUUUGCUGACAACCACUGGUAUGGCUCCGUAUAAUCCGCAGCAGCAGCAACAGCAAGGCGGAAUUGGCGGUGGUGUCUCGCGGUCUGUUGGUCCCACUGGGAUAUUUGCCAUGGCCAACCCUACGCUUGGUCAGAAUCAGCAGCAGCAGCAGCCCCAGCAGCAGCAUAUAUUUGCAAACCAAAUGUUUAAUUCGCAAAUUCAACAGCCCCAGCAGCAACUACCUCAGCAACAGCAGCAGCAACCUCAGCAACAGCAAAAUAUGUUUAACGCAAACCAGGCUGCGGGGUUCGGCAACCAGAUGCAAUGGCAUUAG